GUGGGAGAGAGUUAAAAACGCUUUCAAUUGUAAAAAUUGUGAAUGGACAAUCAACCAACUCCGUUCACCGAACAUGACGUAACUGCCACUGACAGCCGGAAAACUGGAACGCGCCACCCUGUCUACCGCGGCGUCAGGAAACGACGGUGGGGAAAAUGGGUAUCAGAAAUUCGGGAACCGAAGAAGAAAUCCCGUAUAUGGCUGGGAUCAUUUUCGGUGCCGGAGAUGGCAGCGAGAGCUUACGACGUCGCAGCGUAUUGUCUGAAAGGCCGAAAAGCGCAGCUCAAUUUUCCCGACGAGGUUGAGCAGUUACCGCUUCCGGCAACAUGUACGGCGAGAGACAUUCAGGCGGCGGCGUCUAAGGCGGCGAGUAUGGUGAAAGCUUCGCCGGGUGAGAAGUCUGACGGAGAUAGCGGUGGCGAUGACUUUUGGGGUGAGAUUGAGUUACCGGAGCUGAUGGGCAGCGAGUGUUGCUGGAAUUCUCAUAGUGAGUCGUCAUGGACUUGCUCCGGUGAUGUCACGGUAUGGCCGGAAGUUGAGCUUUCGGCGCAUUAACCUUUCACGGCGUGUUUAUAAUCAGUACUAUUAAUUAAUUAAUGCUGCUUAGUGUGGUUGCUAUGUUUCUUGCAUAUCAAUGUACUACUAUGUUUCACUAUUUUAUAUCUAUUUAAUUUGAAAAAAAUACUUAUUAUUAUCA